AUGAAUCUCCAUUCAAGCCUUCUUCUCUUCCUGGCUGCAGCAGUGGCCCAAGGGCGCAUUCUCGCCAGCCCCUUGAGCCUAGCUGUCUCAUUCUCCAGCAUCGGCAGCGAACUCGAUCACAUCAGUCUGGGGAGCUGCUCUCUUGCCGACGCCACCCUCCCACUAAACGACACUAAGACCAAACUCCCUGUCCCGGCAACACAUCUGAGCCUCAAAUACGUUGCCCUGGGCCGGGGAACCCAGAACUACUCGUGCGCUACAUCCAAAGCAUCGACGACACCGGAAGCGACUGGUGCUGCCGCAACCCUUUUCGAUGCCUCGUGCCUUGCAUCCACAUCGUUGACCCUGCUCCAUGAAUUUGUUCCUGUGGUGGGCCAUGCACCCCUUGGGUCUCUUGCCCUUUUGGCAACGACUCUGGGACAGACCACGAACACCACCGAUCUGAUCAUCGGCGAGCACUACUUCAAUGCUGCUGGAGACCCAUUUUUUGAUUUGAGGCUGGGCGGAUCUGAUGCUUGGCUGGUUGCCAAAAAGAAUGCAUCGGCCGUGGCACCUAAGCGGCCGGCGAAGGCGUUGGCCAAUGAUACGAGCAGUGAUGUUCCGUGGCUGAAGCUCGGGUUUAAGAGUGGACACAGUCUUAAGGAGGUUUAUCGCGUUGUGACUCAUGGAGGGAGUGCGCCGUCCACAUGUGCUGGCCAGAAUGUCACGAUCCACGUUGAUUAUGCGGCCGAGUACUGGUUCUAUGGUUGA